GGACACCAUUCAACAUGCAUUGACUCAGCCAGUACUCAACACUAGCUCUAGGCCUCCUACCGUAGCUCCAUUUCAACAGGCAUCCCAUCACUUCACACAAACACAUCACACAUCCACCGAGCACAUCCACCAGAACACCUAAUGCAUCUCUGAUUUCAGACCACUUGAGGCACUAAACACGACAAGAACUUUUCUACCACAUCCUCCGGGACUGGAGUGAGAUCACCGUUGAUUGGCUAGCGCCCCGGUAACCAGUAAACUGACUUCCGUGACGACGAUGCGGUCGCUGUGCAGGCUAUUCGUGGUGGCGGUCGCCGCCGGCGUGUGGGCGUUUGCCGGCAUAGGGGUACGUGCGGCCCCGACGACGCCGACGCCGACAGGGCAGCCGGCCUCCGAGGAGGAGGUGAACGUGCUGAUGUUCGGCGUGCUGCAGCUAUCCGAGUCGCUGCGCCACACCUACCGCACCACCGAGGCCCGGCUGGACCGGCUGGCCAGAGCCGUGCGCAGCACCGAGAGCCUGAUGCAGCGCGUCGACCGCCAGACGCUGGAGGCCAAGCAGGCCGAGGUCCAGAUCAGAGAGGGCAUCCACCACCUCCAGGCGCAGACUGCGGAUCUCAGGAGCUCCACGCAGCAGGCUAAAGGGAAGGUGGAGCAGGUGCAGCAGCAGGAGCUGGAGCUCAAGAUGAAGCUGAGCGGACUGGAGUCCACCCUCAGCAGCGCCAGCCCCGACAACGUCAAAUCACUCAAGGACACUGUUCAGAAGCACUCAAUGCUGCUGAAGGAUUUACUGGACUGGACCAAGACACAGAGGGAGAAAAUAGAACUACAGAACCAACAGUUGACCCAGUUACAGAAACAGAAAGGGUCGUAACACUUGCCUGAAGCAAGGACACAUUGGACACUCCACACAAGACCAUACUUCAAGCUAUUUACAUACCAACAAACAGAUCCAGCCAAUACAUUUCAUCCAAUACAUCAUAUUAUAUAACACUGUAUUUUAAUGUUUCUUAUAUGCUUACUUAUUAAAUUAUGUGUCACUUACUUAUGUUACUAACUUGCCUUUGAUAUUUAAAAUAAAUAUUGAUUCAAUAA